GAAUAAUGAAGACGGAACAAAGAAAAGCUGAAAAACGGACUGAGGCAGAGACAGAUGUCUAGAAGAUGAUGUUCUAGACAUCUUUCCUCUCUGCUAAAUUUAAAAUUUAGUUAUGCCUUGUCCAAUUCCAACAAGAAUCCUUCUCUUCCUCUUCUUCUUCUCCUUCUUCCUCACCCUUCUCUCACCCACAUCUUCUUCUUCUUCUUCUUCUUCUCCUAUCUCCAUAUCUCUGAGCCCGGCGAUCCUCACCAAGUCCGGCGACCCAGUCCGAGUCCAAUGGACAGGCAUAGACUCGCCCUCCGAUCUUGACUGGCUCGGCAUCUAUUCACCCCCUGAUUCCUCUGACGACAACUUCAUCGGUUACGUUUUCUUGUCCUCCUGCAACAGAUGGCAAUCGGGUUCGUGCUCCGUCGAUCUUCCUUUGGCCAAUCUCCGCUCUCCUUACCAGUUCCGUAUCUUCCGAUGGACCCAAAACGAGGUGGACCGAUCCCGACUCGACCAGGACCACAACCCCUUGCCAGGAACGAAGCAUCCGUUGGCGAAAUCGGAGUUUCUGAGCUUCGAGAAGGGUCACGGGCCCGAACAGAUUCAUUUAGCGUUCACGGACAUGGAUGAUGAGAUGAGGGUUAUGUUUAUAACGGCCGAUGGGAAGCAGAAUCUUGCGAAGUAUGGGGAGAGGGAAGAUGGGUUGGAUGAGGUUGCGGAGACGGAAGUGAGGACGUAUCAGCAGUCGGAUAUGUGUGAUUCUCCGGCGAAUGCGAGUAUUGGGUGGAGGGAUCCUGGGUUUAUUCAUGAUGGGGUUAUGAGGAAUUUGAAGUACGGGAAGAGGUACUAUUACAAGGUUGGAAGUGAUGAAGGAGGUUGGAGUGUAACUCACACCUUUGUGUCACGAAACAAAGACUCAGAUGAGACAAUUGCUUUCCUAUUUGGAGACAUGGGCACCUCAACCCCAUACUCAACCUUUCUUCGCACACAAGAGGAAAGCAAAUCAACCUUAAAGUGGAUUACUCGUGACCUGGAAGCAAUUGGUGACAAGCCUACUUUCAUCUCCCACAUUGGUGAUAUCAGCUAUGCAAGAGGCUAUUCAUGGUUGUGGGACACAUUUUUCACUCAGAUUGAACCUGUUGCUUCGAAGGUCCCAUACCAUGUCUGCAUUGGCAAUCAUGAAUAUGAUUGGCCUUUGCAGCCAUGGAAACCUGACUGGGCUCAGAUGUACAAUACGGAUGGUGGGGGUGAAUGUGGGGUUCCAUAUAGCCUCAAGUUUAACAUGCCUGGAAACUCUUCUGCACCAACUGGGACCCGUGCUCCAGCGACGCGGAACCUCUACUACUCAUUUGAUCUGGGGGUUGUGCAUUUUGUUUACAUGUCAACUGAGACUAAUUUCCUUCUAGGGAGCGACCAGUAUAACUUUAUCAAGCAUGAUUUGGAAUCUGUUAAUCGGGAAAAAACUCCUUUUGUUGUUGUUCAAGGCCACCGUCCCAUGUACACUACAAGCUAUGAGUUCACAGAUACCCCUUUGAGAGAGAGAUUACUUGAACAUUAUGAACCUCUGUUUGUGAAUAACAAGGUGACCCUAGCACUGUGGGGUCACGUACAUAGGUAUGAGAGGUUCUGUCCGCAAAAGAACUUUACCUGUGGGAGCAAGGACCUUAAUGGGGAUGAUGGAGAGGAUUUGCCGGUGCAUGUUGUGAUUGGAAUGGGGGGACAAGACUGGCAACCAAUCUGGGAGCCAAGGCCAGACCACCAGAAGGACCCAAUAUUUCCCCAGUCAGAUCGAUCAUUGUACCGUGGGGGUGAGUUCGGGUACACUAGGAUUCUUGCUACGAGGGAGAAGCUCACACUUUAUUACAUAGGAAACCAUGACGGAAAGGUCCAUGACAUGGUGGAGAUCCCAGCACCAGGCAGAGGUUCCAGUGGUGGUGGCAACAGAGGUGUUGAGGUGAUGGAGUCUAAAGUUUCGACAUAUGUAAAAGUAGGGAGUAUCUUGGUGCUUGGGGUAUUUAUAGGGUAUGUUGUUGGGUUCGUAUCACAUGCCAGAAGAGAAGUUGUUUCAAGGAAGACCUGGAUUCCAGUGAAGAGUGAAGAAGCAUGAGAAUCUGAUUGAUUGGUAAUGACUGACCCUUUGGUGCUGCGACUUUCUUGUGUUUCAAAUUUCCAAGGAGUAGUAGAAGUUUGGAUAUAGUUGGAUAAUAUCUCACUUCUCUAGCUAUGUGGAGAAACUCUUUUACGUUAAUGGCCAAAUCUGAGAUAGAACUUGUUACCUCAAUUUGAUGUGUUGUACUGUUUUGAGGGGAAUAAAUGUAAAAUAUAUUGUAAAAUGCAUAUAUCUAUCUAUAUAUAUUGUUAAGUUUCUAAAGCUAAA